AUGCCGCCUCGAAAAACUGUGCAAUAUGAUGAUUACAGGCAAGCUGUUCAACAGAUUAUACUGUCUUCCUCUGAUGCCGAUUAUUUGGAUCAACUAAUACCCGCCCUAAAGGACGCUACCCUAUCCAAUAGAACUUCUGGACUCAUACGAAGUCUAUCACAAUAUGCGGACGACCGCGAGGCUGACAUCGAACGGAUUGGUUUGACCAAACAUGAAGAAUUCCUAGCAUCCGUCAAUCAGCUCCAACAAGUUCGAGAAGGAACCUCCCAACUUACAUCCGAAAUCCUAAAGCUCAAUCAAUCCAUUCAGGCGAGCACAGAAAAACUAGCUGCGCAAAAGGAGGCAUUGGUGGACACAAGAUCUGUUCGUCAGAAUAUUGCGGAGGCUUCUGAGGCGUUAAAGGAAUCCUUGAAAGUUUUACAUGCCGUCAAUCAAGCACAUGAUUUGAUACGGAAGAAGAAAUACUAUGCAGCUCUGAAAGCGCUGGACGAUUUACAGAACGAGCAUUUAAUUCCAACAAUUCAGAACAAAUACGCUACCCAACAUACCCUCGCAGAAAUAAUUCAAAAGUCGAUUCCCUCCUCUCAGAAGGCUAUCUCAGAAGCAGUAAUGAGUGAUUUGAAUACCUGGCUUUAUCGCAUUCGUGAGACGUCUCAGUUCCUAGGGGAAGUGGCAUUCUAUCAUACAAAUAUUCGACGGAGCAGGCAGAAGGAGCGCAUGGAGGCAAAUCCGUAUCUUCGAAACUUCAAACUAAAUUCAGCCAUCGAGCUGGUCUAUGAUGAAAGUGAAGAAUUUGACGUGUUGAAUAAUGAGGAGCUCCAAGUUGAUUUCGACCCCUUAUUUGAGUGUUUACAUAUUCAUGAGGCACUCGGUCAGAUUGAGAAAUUCAAAAGCGAAUAUGCUGCCACAAGAAGGCAGCAGAAAGAUUUAUUGCUGCCCAGCUCCGUUAACUUAACCGAUGAAGAGAGCGAACAUUUCUUAAGUGCCUUGCUGGAAGGCAUUGCUGGCUUCGCUAUAAUAGAAAAGGCUACUAUGCGGAAAGUCCAUAAUUUGCGUUCCCCAGUUGAUGUUGAUGAGUUGUGGGAUUCGAUGUGUCAUGCCGCCAUCAACGCAGUAUCCAAAGCUUUGGAUGAAUUCGAUAACCCGGAUGUUAUCCUGCAAACCAAAAAUGUGAUAGCAUUGUUCAUCCAGACAAUGGAGGGCUGGGGAUAUUCAGUGGCCAUAUUGGAUGCUUAUGUGCUUAAGCUUUUCUACAGAUAUGCUGAUUUGUUAAAACGAAAAUUCAGUACAGACUUUCAACAGAUUGUGUCUACGGAUGAAUACAUGCCUAUGCCUGUCAAUAGCGAAGAAGACUUUGACAAAAUCAUUCAAGUCAGUUGGUAUGUUCCAGACAAACCAAAAGAAGAGUACACAUUCCCUGGUGUAUUACCAUUCUCCCAGAUGUACCCGAUGUGUUGUAUAGAUAUCAGGAAUUUCUUGAACCGAUUUUACUUCAUAAUGGAUGAUCACUUUCAACAGCCAAAUAUUAUUGAUGAGACACUUAAGAAGUCGAUAGAUGAGCUUCUGUCUGAGGAUAUCUGUGACCCGCUCGUGGAGAAGCUGAGUACCCAAUACCUGGGCCAGAUUGUCCAGAUUCUCAUAAAUCUGGAGUAUUUCGAAUCAGCGAGUCGAGAAUUAGAACAACUUCUCUUGGCCGCACGAUCAUCCACAUCAGCUGGUGGGCCAAUUGUUCUUGCUGCUACAGAGAAGUUCUCGAGCAGUAAGAAGGACGCGGAAAAGCGUAUUUUCGAAGUAGUCAACUCCAAGAUAGACGAUCUGGUCGAGACGGCAGAUUAUGAUUGGAUGGCACCUUCUCUAGUAUCCGAGCCCAGUAACUACAUGCAAACUCUUACAACCUAUCUUUCCAACAUUAUGAGCUCCACUCUCCUUACCCUCCCCCGCGAGAUCAAGGAACUCAUUUACUUCGAUGCUCUCUCGCACGCCGCAAAUAUGAUCCUGGCUAUUCCCCUUUCCCCCGAAGUCAAAAAAAUCAAUCCUCACGGCGUCGCCGCCCUCGCAAAAGAUGUAGCCUACCUCUCCGAAUUCGUCGAUUCCCUUGACAACGCUCUUAUUCUCAAAGAGAAUCUGGAUGAAUUACAACAAACAGUUUAUUUGAUGCAGACAGACAAUCCGGAUGAGUUUUUCGAUAUCAGUACCAGGAAUAAGAAGUUCGGAAGAGUGGAUGCUUUGAACGGACCUAAGAUUUUGGAAAAACUUACCCACACUAUUACGAGUCCGGCGAAGCCAGAUCGCCUUGCUGGAUUUUCAUCAAGGUUUGGCAUGAACAAGUCGUAG